UACCGCGCUUGGCGCUCGCAGUUUAAAACUUACUCCGGAGACGUGGAGAGCAAGAUGAGAAUUCCGCGCUCAGAAACAAUGAAUAGCUCUUCUCUGAAGGCCCGAGGACAACAGGACAUUGUUUCCUCACCAUUAGAACGGGUGCCUCCAGCAUCCCGGCCAGGGAAGGCUCCUCUCGGCACUCCUAAAACCCCAGUCCUCCAAGACUUUCCUCAGAAUGACGAUGAAAAGGAGCGUAUGCAGCGGAGACGCUCCAGGGUCUUUGACCUCCAGUUCAGUACAGAUUCAAUUCAUCUGGCCUCCCCUAACAGGAAUGCUGAUGGUUCAACUGCCAUAUCUAAGUUUACAAACACACAGAUUACAGAACAUUACUCUACCUGUAUCAAGCUUUCUUCUGAAAAUAAAAUUACUACUAAGAAUGCUUUCGGCUUGCAUUUGAUUGAUUUCAUGUCAGAAAUUCUGAAGCAGAAAGACGCAGAACCAACCAACUUUAAAGUGGCUGCCGGCACCUUGGAUGCCAGCACCAAGAUCUAUGCUGUCCGUGUGGAUGCUGUCCAUGCUGAUGUAUACAGAGUCCUCGGGGGGCUGGGCAAAGACACAGCACCUCAAGAAGAAGAGAGCUACAGUGGAGAUGGAAGUGCUGUUGAAGCAGAAAGGACUAAAAAACCUACAAAGCCAAAGAAGAAGCAGUCCUGCAAAACCAUUGAACAGAAUCUCAGCAACAUCACUGUCUCUGAAGCCGAUGGGAAGGGUGCGGUGGACCCUAUGUUUCAGAAGACGGCAGCCUCCUUUGACGAAUGCAGCACAACGGGGGUAUUUCUCUCCACACUGCACUGCCAGGACUACAGAAGCGAGCUGCUUUUUCCUUCCGACAUGCAGACCCUCUCUUCAGGAGAGCCCAUCGAGCUGCCAGAUCUGGGUUUCGUAGACAUGACAGAUUUAGAAGCUCCCUUGCAGCAGUGUGUGGAAGACCGCCCGCUCUGCCCAUCCCUGGCCGGGUUCCAGUUUACUAAAUGGGACAGCGAAACACAUAAUGAGUCUGUGUCGGCCCUGGUGGACAAGUUUAAGAAGAAUGAUCAAGUAUUUGACAUCAAUGCUGAGGUUGAAGACGAUGAAGAGGAUGUCCCUGAUGGGCCCCUGGUGGAAGAUUUUGUUGACAACGAUGAACCAGACCCUGCUGCGGCUGGGGAUCAUGAAGAGUUCCGGAGUUGGAAGGAGCUCUGUCAGGUCCAAAGCAACCAGGAAGAAAUUAUUUCCCUCGGGGACAGAGACAUCCAAACCAUGUGCUCCUUUUUAUCCAUGAAACCUGGGGAGUACUCCUAUUUCAGUCCCCGGACCAUGAAGAUGUGGGCUGGCCCAGAUCACUGGCGCUUCAGGCCUCGACCCAAGCAAGAUGCUGCCUCCUGCACAGAGCACAAAAAGAAGGGUGCAAAGAAAGACUUUGAAAUUAAUUUUGAUGAUGAUAUUGAUUUUGAUGCAUAUUUUCAGAAAACAAAGGCUGCUACCAUUCUGACCAAGUCCACUUUGGAGAACCAGAAUUGGAAAGCCACCACUCUUCCCACAGAUUUCCACUAUGAAACUGAUAAUCUGGUCCAGCUUCACCUCAAACCAGGCAAAAUGUCACUUAAGAUGGACCAGAACCAGAAGCCAAAAACGGAGCACUAUGAGGAAAUUGAAGACUAUGAUUACAACAACCCUAACGACACCUCCAACUAUUGUCCUGGACUUCAGGCUGCUGACAGUGAUUAUGAAGAGGCCGAUGAUUUAUUUGCGGAUCCAGUUGGGACCCUUGACCUUGAGUCUGAUCCAAAGACAACACAAGAGAAUGGUGACAUUUCUCCUGAAAACCAAGGCGUAGAUAUCACAACUUACGGAGAGUUGAACUUGGUGGCUGAGCCUCAGAAGGUGAAUAAAAUAGAGAUUCAUUACGCCAAGACUGCCAAAAAGAUGGACAUGAAGAAGCUGAAGCAGAGUAUGUGGAGUCUGCUGACGGAGUUUUCUAGAAAGGAGGCUGACACAGAGGCAAACCACACUGAAAAUGGAAAGGAAGGGACCCCCGAAGAAGUGGCUGAUGAGAAGAAACUCAGUGGGCUCACAAAGGACCUGCAGACAAGGCUGCCCCCGCUCAUGGCUCAGAACCUCUCCAUACCCCUGGCUUUUGCCUGUCUCCUGCACUUAGCAAAUGAAAAGAAUCUGAAGCUAGAAGGCACAGAGGAUCUUUCUGAUGUUCUGGUGAUACAAGGGGACUGAGUCCACUUUGAGACGUCUGCAGCAGGAGGCCCAUGGCUUCCUGGUGGCCGUGGAGAGGUGCUGGGCCUGUCGUGUGGCUAUAGCUAACCACCACGCUCUGAAGCUCCGUGCUGUUGGAAGGUCUCAUGUGGGGAACGUCCACCCAGGAGAGGGGAACCCUUUAAUCUGGAGUGUACAGACAGUCUGGUCUUGAUAUCCAUGUGCUUCUGGUCACUUUCUGUGACCGUCCUACUUUCCAUUCUGUACUGUCGAGAAUAGUUUUCUCCGUAGCCAAUUUCUGUCCUUAAAGAAUUCCCAGAUCUAUGUACAUAAAAUUUAUCAUUUUUAAACUUGUAAGUGUAUAUAAUACCCCAAAAUAAAACUAUUCUGGCAAG